AUGGGCAUACCCAUAUUGACGGAUGAUACCAUCUGUGAGAUCCUGCAACACCUUCAUUAUGAUACACAUACCCUUUAUAAUUGCUUAUUCGUCAACCGCUUCUGGUGUUCCAACGUCGUCUCAAUACUUUGGCGUCAUCCUUUCACGAAUUCAUAUAAACCAUUUACAAGCGGAAAGCAUAAAUUGCGACGAUCGCUCAUUAUACGAACAUAUGUUUCUUGUCUAAAUGAUGAGGAGCUUGCACGAUUAAUCCCUUUCUCUAUUGAUUUCUCGUAUACCAAGAAACCAUUAUUUCCUUAUGAAAGAUAUCUUCAGGAACUUUCGGACAGUAAUAUUGACAAGGGAGUCAGGAAUUGGAUCCAAAGUCAGGGAAAAGAUGUCCUACCCAUUUAUCAAGCCGAUAAAAGAGCCAUUGCGAUCAUAGAUUCACUCUGGCACAUGUUCAUGAGACAAUGUAUUAAGAUUAAGUCAGUAUCUAUCACACCUUUAUACAUCAAUUCGGGACUAUUGAACGCAACAAACAUUUUGCAUGCUAGUUCAGCUUUCGCGCACUUGAACAACUUUUAUUUCAGGAUCGAUUGGUCGAGAAGUGAGGAAAUUAAGUAUAAGAGUAUAGUACAGCUUUUGAAACAAUUAAUAUCAUUGAGCGACAACAUUAACCAUAUGGAACUCUCAAUUCACGAAAGAAUAAAUCCGAAUAUCAUGAAAUACAUAGUUAAGCUCAUCAAUGUACAGCGUGGCAUCAAGAAAUUCAUAUUUCAUGAUUCACGACUUCUCAGAUCUAUAACAGCACCAAUAACAACCUCAAUUACGACACCAAUGGUGGCUUUACAGUCUCAAGCGAAUUGCUUGGUCUCAUUAGAAUUUCACGGAGUCAAGUUCGAUGAUGUCUCAGUCGCAUCCUUAGCGGGAUUUGAUUUACUGGAAUCAUUGCUUUUUCAAAAAUGUAGAGACAUUACGCUGGAACGCAUGGAGAUUUUAUCGCAAGCAUCUUUUCAUAUAAAGUUUUUGUCAAUGCAGAAAAAUCUUUGGCCAUCCAUCAUUACUUCAGUACUUAUUGCCAAAGCGGGGGAAUCUUUACGACAGAUAGUACUUGACGAUGUGUCGACUGAAACAAUCCAGGCGAUGACGAACUGUUGCCCGAACAUUAAUGUCGCGUACAUUUCUCCAACAGAUCUUACAUAUCAACUAAUAUUCCCUUGGGUUGGAUCAACAAGCUUGAAAAAACUUGAAAUCUCAUUUGAAACACACGCAAGACGUGGAAUACAGAUACCCAUCGAAGAUUCUUCUAAGGUCAUGCAGUUAUUGGGCGAAACUCUUUCGACAUCAUUAGUUUUUCUUAAAUUGAAUGGUUUGAGGAUCACCAACGAAGCAUUCAACUAUUUCAUGGAAUCAUGCUGUUCACCGUUGUCAACCUUAUUUAUUUCCCACGGAUGCUAUUUAGAAUUGGAAUCAUGUGUGUGGAUUAUCGUCAAGUUUGCGUUCACACAUAAAACCUUGAAAACUUAUGGUUCAUACAGCCUUAAGAAAAGUGCACAUCAAAAUUUUCUCGAGAUUCUGGCGAAAAACAAGAUCCAGGUUUUUGACAAGUAUAACAUCCGAAGUCUCAUAUACAAAGAUUUUUGA